AUGACGGGGCAGGGGGAUGGGGGCGGCUGCUGGCCGGCUGGCCAGCUGCUGGCACGGCCGCGGGAGGCUUGCUGGAGGCCGGGCACUGUCCCUUCGCCUGGCUCUUGGGGAAAAGUCAACUCAGGAGUCAGCAGGCUGCGGAGGCUCUGGUUGGGUCUGUGGCAAAGGAGGGCUCAGGGGCUGCAGGACCUGGAUACGCCUGCGCACGCGCCCCCCACCCCCACCCCGCGGCCCCUGGGCCGUGAUGCUAUCUGUGUCUCACGUACUUGGCUAAGAAGUGUGCAUGGGGAAACCGAAGCCAGAGCACAUUUUUUCCCCAGCCUUUUCCUUCAAGCUUCUGCAGAAAUAACUUUCUGCAGACAGGCUGGCCGGGGACAGAGGCGUGUUUUGUGUGCAAACAAUGCUUGCCUAUUCCCUGGGAAACAACACCGGGUUACCAGGCAGCUUUGCUUGGCAGGGCCUCCCGUGGCCGGCCGCCGCGCAGGGCUGCCUCUCCAGCAGCCGCUCAGGCAGGAAGAGAGCAACCCCGGCGACAACAGGAAGCGGGCCGGCCGCUCCGGAGGGUCUCUGGCGUGCCUCCGGCGUGCCUGCGCCCCAGCCCUGAUCCAGCCACCCGCUCUCUUCCCUGGGGGAGUGACCUCGGAGCCAGGAGCAGCAGGAGCAGGAGGGGGCAGGAGGCAGGGCUGGGGCCCACAAUCAGGCCCCUCUCUGCCGGGCAGCAACCCCGAGGACCAACCCGAAGCCUGUCCUGGAAGGAGCGGGUGUGGGGCAGGGUGGGGCGGGGUGGCGUGGGGUGCUGCGCUCCCUGCACCUGCCCUCAGGCCUCCAAGCUCUCUGCUUGCACUCCCCAGAGUCCCCGCUGGGUCUGGUACGGUCACCCCAGGGGUCCCUGCCUCCAGGCCUUCCUGCCCACCCUUCCUAGGCUCUCCUGCAUGCAGCCUCUGGGAAGGGUCUGCUCCUGUCCGCCCCGACCCCAUCCCUAGAGCAUCGUGUGCUCUUUCGCCUUUACCUGAAGUUCAAGGCUCUGUCUUGUCUGUGCAGCAAUCGUGCAGAUCUUUCAUUAUUUUAUUUUAUUGUUAUUUUUAAUUUUUUACCCUGUUUAUUCCUAAACUCCUUACUCCCGUGUUGACCCUGACUCCUGGAGGUGUGGCUCUUGUAAGCCGCGUGCUUGCGUGAGGUCUGUGGCUAUGUUUGGUGUCGUGUCUUUCUGUCUGUGGCCCGUGUGGAGCGCAGGUACAGGUCCCUGUUCUCUUACUUUGCAGGAGACCAGGGUCCUUGCGAGCCCCCCCACACUCCCGCCUCCACACCACCCCCCCCGCCCCGAUGCUCUGUGCACGGGCCGUGCUGCUCCUAACUGGGGCGGCGGGUGGGGGAGUCAGUAACGGUUGCAGACUGUGCUGGCACAGAAGCCCUCUGGCACGUCCGUCCCCGUGCCGACUGGCCAGGGAUGCGCAUGGAUCCCCAGAAGUCACGUUUCUGGCCUCUCCGACAGGAGCGCGCUCAACUUUCCCAAGCCAUGCCUGGUUGCUUUGGGCGUGCUUGUGCAAACGCAGGUGUGGGCCUCGCCCAUGAGUGUGAUGGUCCUUGUGCCGCAGAUCUGUCGUCUGGUCGCUUGCCAGCUCCUGCCAGCCCGAGGUGCACGCAGACCUACACCCGCAGCUCAGCUCACGUCUCUGAUCGGUGACGACGUAGACUCAUUCACCUCUAAGGCCACGGGGUUUUCAAGCCACGUCGUCGCACGCCUCCAUGCUCAUCUCUUUAAUAUUUCACUCUCAGAUGGUUGUAGAGAGACGUUGUGAGAAACGGAUCCCACAGGCACUGCCGUCCAUUGCCCGGACAGUCACCCAGCUAGAAUACGGAACCACACCCUGGAAAUUCAAAACGCGGAGUCAGCAGGGCACGAGGCCGUGGGCAGCGAGGGCUGCGUCAGAGAGAGUCCCCGUCUCCCGCUGCUCCACGGAAAUCCACGGGGAGCGCUGGACCACGUGCUUGUGCUGCUCUGAUUGGGCGGUUUCUCGGGUUCGGUGAGGGAGGGACCGCAGGGAGGAGCAGGGAAUCGGGGAGACCCGCUGGAGCCUGCUGGGGCGCUGUAGGCAGGAGACCACCUGGGCCGGGACUCCGGUGGACGGAAAGGACGGGCCUGGGGCUUCCUCUGGAGCUGGCGUUGAUGAGACUUUCCGCCCACCAAUGAACAGAUGCCUCCAGGGCUCGGGGAUGCGCUAAUCCGACGAUGCUCCGAUUUCCCGAGAUGCUGAAAGAGGGCAAAGUCACAGAUGUGGUGGGUGGAACUCUGGAGGCUGAUUCUGCCCAGUUGGCACGUCUACGAGGCCUGAGCGGGAGAAGGGUGCUCAGUGGGGAACGGCCAUC